UAACAAUAUGCGCUAUCGAUAGAUCACGAACACAAGUAAACCCAGUUGCUUUGUAAAAUUUUUUGUGAAAGUAAAGGGAAUUUCUGGCGAAAUAACUUUAAUUUUCCGCUGACUUUCGCACGCGUUCAAUGCAAUUGACCCCCCUUGUGGCGGCGACAGUAUCUCCCGAAAGACUUACCCAUCCCCUGUGCCGUAAUAUGAAAGCCUGCUAAUUCGGAUUACCUUUGAACACCACAAUCACAAACUGAAAUCCUCGAUGCGAACGGCCCGACAGUCGCCGUGCGAGCUCUAGACCCCGUCCUGGUCCAAAAUCCCUAACUCGCGACGAUCCCGUCAAGCGAAGGACUUCCGGAAGGAGCGGCGUGGAACCAUGACAUCAUAGCCGCUGCAUAUGCUUCCUGUCCCCAAUCAAAUGUACAUAAAUAUGUAUGUAUAGCCAGCGUACCGCACAUACGCACAUAUCCCUCGCGAAAGAACAGAACAGUAUAGAGUGGAACGGCAGAGCCAGUGACGAACGUAGUGCAAUCGAAACUAGUGAUUCAUGGAAAGCGCACACCUCGGCCUCCUGGAGACGGCGGCGCUUCCUCCUCCACCCAGCUAUUAAACGUGGUGGUCUGCUGCUGAAAAUCUUGCAAAAUUGGACAAACCCUCUGCGACUUUGUACGACAACAAGAAGUCGUACCUGCGAACCGUGCUCGGAAGGGAAGCGCCAUCAGCGAAGAUGGUACUACCUCCUGCACCACGCAACCUCAAAGGAAUACCUCAAUUUCUAGCGAGGAGCAAACUGUGCAGGGAGCUAAUAUA